AUGUCGAAUUCAAUACUUUCCGCUUCCGCGAAGGGAGCCACCUUUCUCAUCCUACUGCAGGUGGCUUCUCGGGCGCUGACGUUUGCCGUCAACCAGGUUCUGUUGAGAUUCCUAUCACCAGAGUUAUUGGGCGUUUCAGCUCAACUUGAGCUCUUUUCCAUCUCCGUGUUGUAUUUUGCGCGCGAGAGUCUGCGUGUGGCUUUACAACGUCAGGCACAAGGAACCCAGGCAGUCGUCAACCUUUCAUAUUUGGCUGUCCUGUUCGGCACGCCUCUGGCGUAUCUUCUCGCGCUACUAUGGCUGCGAUCCGAUACGCCGCAUGUUCCGUACUUUGUGGAAGCGUUGCUUGUGUAUUGUCUGGCCGCCUUCUUGGAAUUGCUCAGCGAGCCGGCAUUUUCGGCUGUACAGCAGAAGCUGCUCUACAAGGUUCGAGCAUCGGCUGAGAGCUCUGCUACUUUGCUGCGCUGCAUCGGUACAUGUGGCUCAGCGAUCUUGGCUAGUCGAGCUGGUCUAGACAUCGGAGUCUUGCCAUUCGCUAUCGGACAGUUGGCGUAUGCCUUGGCUUUGCUCAUUGUGUAUUCGUACAAAACGUGGCCUGUUGCGAAGAAUGAUGGCUUUUCGCUGUUCCCGGAAAGAGUUCCAUCAACUCAGGAGAAUCCGACUUUGAUAAACUACUUCUCGGCUCCUCUUUUGCGACUGACUGCGUCUCUUAGUCUGCAAUCGGCUCUGAAGUAUGUUCUCACCCAGGGGGACUCUCUCCUUAUAACAACAUUGGCAUCUCUCGCAGACCAAGGCGCCUAUGCGCUUGCCUCGAACUAUGGAGGUUUGAUCGCACGCAUGCUUUUCCAGCCCAUCGAAGAAAGUAGCAGGAACAUGUUUGCAAAACUAUGCGCCAAUGUAGGAUCGUCGCCUGGAACAGAGAAGAAAGAUCCGAAGAAGUCAAAUGAACAAAAGGACAACCUUGCGCAAGCUUCUAAAGUCUUGAGUACCAUACUUCGUCUUUAUGGAAUCAUCUCCUUGUUUGCAGUCACACUGGGACCUGAACUGGCUCCUGUGCUCCUUUCCAUCGUCGCAGGACAAAAGUGGUCUGCGACCUCGGCUUCAAAGGUGCUGUCAACAUACUGCUACUACAUACCUUUCCUCGCUAUCAACGGAGUGACUGAAGCUUUUGUAGCCGCGGUGGCCACCAACAAAGAGCUAUAUGCACAAUCCGUUUCCAUGGGCAUCUUCUUCGCACUCUUUGCAGGCAGUGCAUGGUUCUUUAUCGGGAAGCUUGAGAUGGGAGGCAACGGCGUAGUGCUUGCAAAUACAGUCAACAUGGGUCUGCGUAUCGUCUGGAAUACUUGGUUCAUCAGGAGAUUCUUUUCGAGAAACGGCUCCGAGUUCAAUGUACUCGAGACGCUGCCUUCCCUUACCGCAGUGGCACCCGCGGUCAUCAUACCUACAUUGAUGCGAACAAAACCUGUAAUUGGAUUUUUUGGAAGGCUCGGCGUCCUUGGAGACCUAAUUAGUAUGGGUGCAGUGGCCGGUAUUUACGUUCUGCAUGUUCUUUUCUUCGAGCGGCAGUUUCUUGUUGACUGCUAUGGUAUGCUUCGGCCAUCGCGUUCUGCUCAGCAAUCGAAGAAACCGAAUUGA